GCAGAGGUCGCUUCACCUCGAAAUGUCAGUUGCCGUCAGUUUGACGUUUGUGUUCUUUCGCUUCGGAAUUUUCAUAAAUAAAUCAACAUAAUGUAAUAAAUUGAUCGAAAUUAUCAAUUUGGAGGCGAAACUGUUGGUUUUUUGGCCUCUAGUGCGUAGUUAUCUCGUUGUGCGUGACCCGAAUCCGGUCGUUUUGAAGGUUAGUUUUUUGCUUUUUGUUUGUGUAUAAACCGCCCUGUGCCCCAUUUUUGGGGCAAAUUCGCGUAAACGUCGCGCGCGAAUUGUAAAGUUCACGUCGCGGGUAAAUAUUUUCGACGUUUCGCUGCUAUUUUCAGUCGCUUGCGGGAUUCGUGGGACGCUGUGCGUGAGUGCGUGAAAAAGUCUGAUUUUUGCUUGUGCGUGAUGUAUUGUGAUCAUCGAUCCUGGAUCUAGCUGGUCUGGACCGGAAAUGUAUUUCGACCAGUUGAAGACCUAGCCAUGGACCACCACAACCAACCUCCACCUCCUCGUGGAGGUCCUCAAGUGACCGCCAAAGACGUAGCUCUCGCAAACGAAUUCUUCGACCACUUCCUCAAUGCCACAAGUUUGAGGAACAUCCUAGGCUACUAUCGCAGUAUUUGCGACCUCCUCAACCUCAAACCGAACCUCUUCCCUCUUUUCUACCCCAAAUUGAGGGGCUAUUUGAAGCACUGGAGGGCCAACGCUUUAUGGAAGAAAUUCGAUGCGAGGGCUGCGCAUAAAUGCUACGGAAAAGGAAAGUUGUGUGCAAACAGCAGGGUUUUGAUUAUUGGUGCAGGACCUUGUGGUUUACGAACGGCCAUUGAAGCGCAAUUAUUGGGUGCGAAAGUUGUCGUGAUUGAGAAAAGGGAUCGUUUGUCACGGAAUAAUGUUCUUCACUUGUGGCCUUUUGUAAUCGAGGAUUUGAGAGCGUUAGGUGCUAAGAAAUUUUUUGGGAAAUUUUGUGCAGGAGCUAUUGAUCAUAUUAGUAUCAGGCAAUUGCAAUGUAUACUAUUGAAGGUGGUGUUGUUACUGGGGGUUGAAGUUCAUACUGAAGUUAGUUUCGAGAGGUUGGUGGAACCGGAUCCUGUGUCAAAAACAGGCUGGAGGGCCGAAUUCACUCCUUCGCUACACCCCGUAUCGCAAUACGAAUUCGACGUUGUGAUUGGUGCCGACGGCAAACGCAACACUCUCCAAGGUUUCAAACGCAAAGAAUUCCGCGGCAAACUCGCCAUUGCCAUAACCGCAAACUUCAUCAACAAACGCACCGAAGCCGAAGCUCGAGUUGAAGAAAUCAGCGGUGUUGCGUUUAUCUUCAAUCAGAAAUUCUUUAAAGAUUUAUACGAAGCCACCGGAAUUGAUCUCGAAAAUAUCGUUUAUUAUAAAGACGACACUCAUUAUUUUGUAAUGACGGCGAAAAAAUCUAGUCUUAUCGAUAAGGGUGUGAUCAAGCAGGAUUUGAUGGACACGGAACGAUUGCUGGCUACUGAAAAUGUGAACCGAGAAGCGCUGAUGGAUUAUGCACGUGAAGCGGCCAAUUUUAGCACGAAUUACCAAAUGCCCGAUGUGGAAUUUGCGGUUAAUCAUUAUGGACAGCCGGAUGUGGCAAUGUUUGAUUUUACGUCAAUGUAUGCAGCGGAAAAUGCGUCCAAAGUGGUGGAGAGGAAUGGGUUCAGGCUGUUGAUGAUUCUGGUUGGCGAUAGCUUGCUAGAGCCGUUUUGGCCGACGGGUUCUGGUUGCGCUCGCGGCUUCCUCUCCUCCUUGGACGCCGCUUGGGCCAUCCGCAGCUGGUGUUCAGGCACGAUGACUCCUCUGGACGUGCUCGCCGAACGCGAAUCCAUCUAUCGCCUCCUAGCCCAAACCACGCCCGACAACCUCAACAAGGAAUGGAAGUCGUACACUCUGGACCCGGCCACCAGGUACCCCAACCUGAACAAGAACGUGGUUUUGCCGUUGCAAACCACGGCCCUCUUCGACAGCGACGAUCCGAGAAGUUUGGAGAAAAUGCGGAGGAAUUCGCUGGAAGUGGCUGCUGCCAUCGAAAUGCCCAAGAAGCGGAGACGCGGAAAUGUUGAUAACGAAGUUUUGCUCAAUUGGGUGGCGGAACAAGUGCGCGAACAUGACGAUGUUGUUGUGGAUGAUUUUGGGACGUUGUUUAAGGAUGGGAAAGUGUUGUGUGCGAUUUUGAAUCAUUAUCGGCCAGAUUUGGUUGAUUAUGAGGGGGUGAAGGGCGAAGGGGCGGCCAAGUUGAAUCAGUUGGCGAUUGAUAUUUUGGAAAGGGAAAUAGGUAUUUCCCCAAUAAUGACCGGUGAAGAACUGACAAAAACUGAAGAUUACCUCGCAAUGGCCACGUACUUGACCCAAGUUUACGACAGUUUCCGAUGCGAAAUACCACACAUUAAGCAUCCAAAACUGACUCACGAUAAAUUACCCGAACCUCUCCCUCUCAAAAAACAACCCCCUUCAAAAUUCGUCCACUUUGACCCCAUCACCGAAGAAAUGGCCGAAUCUUCCUACAUCUCAAGCUCGGAAAUUUCGCAAAUGUUCCACUCCCACUCUCUCAAUAUCAAAAUUUCACCUUCAACCCCUUUGAAAAAAAUCAAAUUUGAACCGUUCUCAAACACCCUUCAUCUCGUGUCGAGAAAUAAAGGAGGCCAUGUCUGUCACAAAGUCGUCAAAAAAGAUGUUUGCUGCAAAUUUUCGUGUUGUAACAAGAUGAGCGAUUCAGAGGAGAGCAGCGUCGCGACGCCGGCGACCUCGUCACCUGACCGCGUCUACAACCGCGUCUCUAAGUGGAUAAGUAAUCAUGAUUUCCAUCCGCAAACCUACGACGAUCAGGUGGAGACUAACCUGGUGGACGGCAUCACCGACAUAACGUCGGUUACGAAGAACAUUGAACGCACCCGGAGGACGACGUCAAGGGACGAUGGCCUGGUGGUGGAGGAGAGGACGGACGUGGUGAAGUGUGGCGAUGUGGACGAGGCGGAAAAAGACGAACAUUUUAUCAAGAAUUUGACAAAGUUCUCGCAGUAUUCGCCCUUUGAUAAGAAGAAGAGGAAUCGUACAGCGAGUCCAAGCCACUUUUCGGUGAUUGUGGAAGGAGAAGAAUUAGAUCUCCCUGAACCGAAAAAGAGCGAUACCUCCUUCAAAUCGGUGAAACAACACACAGUACAACCACCAGUAACAACCUAUCAACCUCCAGUUCCUCGCCCAUCAAGUCGUCACAAAAGACACGCCGAACCAAUUUCGCUCAAUCGUCAAAGUCUCGACCGGAAAACAAGAAAACGAAGAACAAUCGAAAAAAUUAGCGCUAGCGUUGAGGAACGCCAGAAAAUUUUGGAGGAAAUUGUGGCAAAUCGAACCGAAAGACAGAAUAAACGGAGGCAACAAAGAAGGUUGCAGACUGAGCAGUUUUUAAAAAGUAUGCAGAUGUUGCAAGCGAAUGCUAAGCCAGAUUCGCAGCCGUUUGAAGACUAUUCGCUUUUUGUCUAUAGACAAACGGCGCCCAAUUUUGAAGAUCGGGUCAAAGAUUUAGAGCGAAAGUUUACUUAUGUUCCCGACCACGAGAACAAAUUACCGAACCAAACGCGGGGAAACACCGACGAAGACUUUGCCGCUAGAAUAAAAAACCUCGAAGAUAAAUGGCGAGAGCCACAGCCUGCCGAAAAGAAACCGAAAGAUCUCUUACGUGCAAUAGGAAAAAUCGAAACUUCCGAUUGGAAUAUCAAAGAAAUUGAGAAGAAAAUCCGAGAGAACAAACUGGGAAAGCCUGCGAACAAAGACAAGGAAAAAGUGCCAAAAUGGAGCAAAGAACAAUUCAAAGCAAGACAAACGAAAAUGGAGAAACAACAUUUGGAUCGGCAGGACAGUGCCGAAGCGAAAUUUGCUGAUAUUGAUAAGAAUAUCAAACAUUUGGAAUUGAAAUUGAAGGAAGGGACUGCAAGGGAUUUGGGGCAGAAUAAAGUUGCUUCUAUUACGGAGAAAUUUGCGAGCAAACCGCCAGAAAACGCCGACCCUAAACCUCUGCAAAAAAGUCAAUCUCGCCCUGUGAUCCUCCCUUCACAAAACGCCUCCGAAUUUUGCCAUUUUUGCAACAAACGCGUCUAUCUCAUGGAGCGCCUUUCGGCGGAAGGCCGUUUUUUCCACCACGGUUGCUUCAAAUGCCAAUAUUGUUACACUCAGCUCCGGCUGGGGUCCUAUGCCUUUGACAGAGACGGCAUUUACGACCAUAAAUUUUUCUGUAUCCACCACUACGGCAUGCAGGGUGAAUUAAGGGCGACCAAAGUCAUACGUAAGCCCUCUCAGAGACACGUGGGGAAAAGUCCCGAGAAGAAGCCACUGAGUGGGAUCGCAGGAGUUGAUUUGUUGGACAGAGUGAGGACUCCUGAGAGGGUUGAGUUUGCGAAUUUGAGCGGAGCUGCCUCAGAUCAUGAGGAAUCUUUGAGUCAAAUGGAUGAGGAUGAGUGGACUGAUAAGAACUUUGGGGCCUCGGCGGCUGAAUUGGGGAGCAGUGAUGACGAGUCGUCCAGUUUGAGUGGUUCCGACAGUGACGAUGAGGACGCCUAUGAGGAGGCUCUGGAGGAGCCAGCAACCAAAGAAGGUACCUUGAAAUGGGCAGAACGCCUCCACAGAAGGUACUCCAAAAAAAGGGACUAUUCAGAUUCUGAUGAUUACAGCAGUUCUGAUCGUUCGAGUUACUAUGAGAACAGUAGCGAUGACGACGAAACCGACACAGCCACCGAAGGUGAGGAGGAAAUCCGUGCCCGUGAACUCCGCAAACAGGAAGUCCGUGUUGAACCACCAGUUGUCCAAACCGACACCGGCACCGACACUGAGGUCGUAUCGGACGAAUCCACCUCCACCUCCACCUCCAGCGAGAUCCGCAAUUCCGCCACCGAGAUCUCCACCGACUCCGAGUUCGCCCACGACGACCCCACCCCCACUCGCGAGACCCCGUUCGACGCCUUCGUCACCAAGCACCGUGGGGGCGGCGGCAGCCGCCCCCGCAAAAUCCAGGUGACCGCCAGUUACUUGCAACGCCCCACCGCCGACAAGGCUAAAGCACCCGAACUCAAACUCACACCUCUCGUGCCUUCAGCACCCUCUAUCGUGCAGCGUUGCAUCGCACCGGUUAAAACCGACGGUUACGCCUUAAACCGCACCCAAAGCACCGGCGGAAUCGCCGCCAAAGUCUCACUCGAACUCAAAAAAAAAUACCUUUUGGGUGAAACAAACCCGCCUGGAACUAUCCAAAAAUCAGGCAGUGCCUCAACACUUGACACAAAACUAAAAUCCUUCCACAGCAACAUAACCGACUGUCAAAAAAUGCUAAAACCGGCGCCGGUUACAACCGCCCCAGUUAAGCCGGUUAUUUUCGAGCACGAACCGGAGGGACGUCCCCGAAGUCCAGUCCACGAAACGUCAAUCAUAGUCCCGACCAUUGAUUGGUCCAAACAUAAACCGAGCGAUUCCGACCACGAGCCGGAAACACCCGAAUUUAAAUUCGACGUGAUCCCGACUGUCCUAAUUGAGGAAACGCCCAAAAUCACCAAAACCCUCAACCAACCCAAACUUUUACCCGAACUAGAACCGAACAUCCUGCCGGAAAUACACGACGUCUUGCACGUCAAACGAAAACUGUCGAUCGAGACCGAAUCGGAGGCCGACGCGAACACGGCCGCCUUGACCGAGACGGAAUUGUCCGAUUGGGCCCGAGAUGGGGCGGUUUCGGACGAUCUGGACGACGAUUUCACGUCGCGUAGCAACAAGAAGCCGAAGAUGCUCGAAGGCAAGGCGAAAAUCGCCGAAUCGCACGUCUGCGGCAAGGAAACCACUACAACCGAGGCCGUGAAUAGUGUGCUGUGUAAUAACCUUGACAUUGAGUUCAUGGAUACUGGGACUGAGACUAGUAGCGACGAUGCAGUUGGUGACAGUCAAGAUGGCUAUGUUUUGUUCAAGGACGAGGACGAGUUAGUUGACGAUAGUUUGAAUAUAGUCGAGGCGCGAAAUACAGGGUACUGUAUUAUCGAUAAUGCGGGCCAGGAUUUUGGCGGGACGGUGAUUGAUUUAAAACCGGCGGAUUUGGAACAGUUGAAGGCCAAACAAACCAACGAACAUGAUGAAGAUAGUCUUUUGAUUGUUGAAGGUACAACCACAGAAGAAAAUACUUGUAGUGAUUCAACUGUUAAGAAUUUGACUGAGAUUGCGGCCAAAGAUCCGAUUAAUAAUAAUAACUUUCAAAGGAAGCGGCUUGAGGAUAAGUUGGCGCAGUUAAAGGCGGAGAAAGUGUCGCCACCUGUUGAUUUGAAGCCGAAGUAUGAGUUUAGUAAUGCCAAGGAUUCGAUUGAUGUCAGGAAGUCGAGACGGAGGAGCAAACCGGAUUUGAUACAAGAAGAUAAGGAAACGACGCCCGAGACGCCGUUUCCCGUCCGGACGCCUGACGUCAUCUACAAAAAAGAAUUCAUCGAAAAAGAACGCGACGUUAACCAAAAACUCGUCCAAGAAAUGGUCAUGAACAAAAUGAAAGCCGAGAACAAAAGUUUAGAGCGACGACGUCGUAAAAGCCGUCAGUUCGACUUAACCGAAACUAACCGAACCGAUUCUAAUAACCGAACUGCAACAACACCUGAUGUGCUUUUGUCAACGUUACGCCCACUUGACACCACAAUAACCACAACACCAGUGGCGCCACCUCGCCUCAAACACGAAAAACUGAAAGAGGACGCGCGUUUGAAAGCCAGAUUGUUGUCGAAUGAAGAACUAGGAUUGAGUCCCGAAGAUAAGUUGGUUAAGUUGAGGGAAAAAUUGGGCGAGGGGGCGUUGAAAAGGUCACAAAGUCGUGAAGAUGCGAAGAUUGAACGUGAAAAACCGAUUAAAGUUUUGUGUAAAUCCGAUCCGAAUUUACUGGAAACGGAUGAGAAGAAAGGGAAGAAGAAGAAAGAUAGGGAGAGGAGGAAGAGUUUUACGAAGAUUUUGGCCACUUUUUUUACGAAGAAAAGUCCAACGGGGUUUUUGGCGAAAAUUUCGCCAAAAACUAAGGAUGUUUCGAAGUCUUGUGCGAAUUUGGACUUGAGAGAUGCUGAGGUGGUGGUUGAAGAACAAGUCCGAAGAAAUAGUUUUUCGGGACUUAGAGACACCGGAACACCGCCUCCGGUGCCUCCACUGCCAUUAAAUUACACAGGAAAUUCAAUCAAAGAUGACAGUUCAGACGGUGAGCGCCUUGACCGCAGCUCCUGUGACACUUUAGACAAAUCAGGAACUCUCGACUCAGUCUCAAGCAACAAUCGUCAGAACAAAAGUGCACGAAAAGCAGCAAGACAAGCUCAACUUAAACGACAUCGCAUGGCACAAGAAAUCCAACGAAAGCUCGAAGAGACUGAAGUGAAAACACGCGAAUUGGAAGAGAGAGGUGUUUUGGUUGAGAAAGCACUUCGUGGUGAAGUUGAUGGAAGAUGUGCAAAGGAAGAGUCGGAAUUGUUGCAAGAAUGGUUUGAUUUAAUGCGAGAUCGCACCGAAUUGAGAAGAUAUGAGAGAGAGUUGAUGGUGAGGGCGCAGGAAGUGGAGUUGGAAGACAGGCAUGCGAGGUUGCAGCACGAGCUGAGAGAACGACUAGAAAAUACCGAGGAGAAAACGGGCCAAGAUGUGGACAUCGAAAGCAGCAUAAUAAAAGAAAUGAUGGACAUUGUGGCAAAACGUGACUCUCUUAUCGCCCUUUUGGAAGAGGACAGAUUAAGGUAUUCGAAUGAAGACCGCGAUUUUGAGGAGCAAGUGUUAGCGAAAGGUUUGCGUUUAACUCCGAUUAGGAAAACCCCCGAAAAGUAACCGCUUUGUAAAACAAUUUAAUUUUUUUUCGGAUUUAACAUCACUUAUCAGAACGAUUGUGUUAGGGUAGUCAGGGUAACGCGUUUUUCAUGUGUUCUUUCAAUUGUUUACACUUUUUGUUUCAAUUAUUAACGUCCAUUUCAGCUAAAUCACGUUAACGACUAGUCUUUUGUUGUAGUUAGGAUUUUAAGUGACUAAGGUUUAAAAAACAUCAUUGUGAUUGUGAAUUGUAUUUUUUAAUAAGGAAUUGUAAAGUACUGUACAAAGGGAUAUUAUUUUGUGAAUGCAUUAUAAGUGUUGUCUUUGUGUGAAUAAAUGCUUUUAUACUUCA